AUCUAUGGUGUGUCGCGGUUCGUCCAAUUUUACCGGGUAUUUUGGCGUAAACACAUGUUUUAAACAAUUCCGCUUGUUAAGCGUAUAAUAAUAUUUAUACAGAUAUAUUAAUAUUUCCACGAUGAAUCCGACAGAACCAACGAAUAAUGAAACAUUGAGUUCCAAAAUGAAAGACGUCAUAGAUGUCUUAGCGAUGCAAAGGGAGAAACGCAAUACAUUACAGAAGAGUAUAACGAUUGACUAUAAAAAUGCUACAGAUAAUUUCCAUGUGUCCAGGUUUAUUUUCGAAUGUGGAUUAAAAUUAGAAGCACACCCUUUAACAGUUGCUACCGCCGCUACUUUGUAUCACCGAUUUGUUAAGGAAGCAGUACCUCAAGGUUACGAUAAUUAUCUUAUAGCAUCAACAUGCUUAUAUCUUGCUGGAAAGAUAAAGGAUGAUCCUUUAAAAAUAAGGGAUGUAAUGAAUGUUACACAUAAUACCUUACAUAGAGGAUCGCAACCGUUAGAACUGGGUGAUCAAUAUUGGAGUAUGCGGGAUGCUAUUGUCCAAGCAGAGCUCCUUCUUAUGCGAAUGCUCAAAUUUCAAGUCUCUCCUGACCAUCCUCAUAAGUAUAUGCUGCAUUACUUAAGAUCCUUACAAGCCUGGUUUGGAGAAGAGGAAUGGUCAAAAUAUCCAGUAGCCAGAACUAGCAUGGCACUUCUUCAAGAUUUUCAUCAUACUCCAGCAGUUCUCGAUUACUCACCAAAUUUAAUUGCCAUUGCGUGUAUUAACCUUUCGCUACAGAUAUAUGGUGUAGUAGUUCCAUUGAUGGAUGAAUGUGACCAGCAGCCAUGGUUCAAUGUUUUUUGUAAGGAUUUGACGAGAGAUAAGCUGUGGGAAAUCAUGGAAAAAAUUAUGGCUGCUUAUGACGAAGAACCCGAAACAAGGGAUAAUUAAUAUUUAUAAGAGUAUGUACUUAGGAUGAUAAGGUUUCUUAAACAUGUGCUUGCAAGAUGAAGGAUACUUAUGAUACCAAUAAAAUUAGAUUUAUAAUUACAAGUUAAGUUGACAGGCUUGAAAUAAAAAAAGGUGACCACUUUUCAAUAAA